AUGUCCCAGUUCCUCUCCGACGUCCGCAGCGAUAUCGGCGAUGCUUCGUCCCACGCUGGUUCUGCGACCUUGAAGGGCUUUGCCGAGUUUCGUGAUCAGAUCAAGAAACACAUGCCGUUUGCGGAAGAUGUGUCUACAAUCGAGAGCAUCAUCGACGGGAUCAAGCACUUGAACUCCAUCGACGACCGCAAGAUGCUCCUCGAACACGUCCUGGUGUACCUGUCCCAAAACUCCGGGCACCCGCUGGCCAAGAAGCUGGAGACGGCCACUGUCCAGCUCUUGUACCUGGACCUUCCGCACCCCCCGAGCACAUCAAUUGGUCCCAAGUAUGCGUAUCGCACCGCCGAUGGCUCGUACAACAACCCGGACAUGCCCGACUUGGGCAAGGCUGGUAUGCCCUACGCACGCAGCGUGCAACAGACACAUCCGCUCCCGCGUAACGAGAUGCCAGACGCGGGGCUCGUCUUUGACACGCUUCUACGCCGCGAAAAGUUCGUGCCGCAUCCCGCCGGCCUUUCCAGCAUGAUGUUCUCCUUCGCCGCCCUUGUUAUCCACACCGUCUUCCGCACGUCGCACAAGGAUGUGAACAUCAACGAGACGUCGUCGUACGUUGACCUUGCGCCGCUGUACGGCCAUAACGAAGACGCGCAGGCUAAGAUUCGGGUAUUCGACGGGCGCGGGCUGUUGAAGCCCGACACCUUCGCGGAGGACCGCCUCUUGCUCCUCCCGCCUGCCGUCUGCGUGCUUCUCGUGCUUUUCAACCGGAACCAUAACUAUAUCGCUCGCAAGCUGCUCGAGCUGAACGAGCGUGGCACAUACAACGACCCGAACACCCUCUCACAGGCUAGCGAUCAGCUGCGCGCUCAGGAGGAGGAUCUCUUCCAGACUGCGCGGCUGAUCAACUGCGCGUGGUUCGCAUCCGCGGUAUUCUCGGACUACUUUUCCGCGAUCCUGGGCUUGGUGCGUGAGGGGAACAGCUGGAGUCUGAACCCGUUCGAGGAGAUCCGGAACGCGGACCACUCGCUCUUCGAGCGCGGGCGCGGGAAUGUGUGCAGCGUCGAGUUCAACUGCCUGUACCGGUGGCACGCAACGACGUCUGAGGCGGAUGAGAAGUGGGUCGAGCAGCUGUCGGAGCAGCUGUUCCCGGGCCGCACCGUCGAGCAGGUGACGAUCGAGGACUUCAAAAGUCUCGCGAAGACUAUGUCGGCGAAGGAGCCCGACGUCUCACAUUGGACGUUCGGCGGCCUACAGCGCGACGCGAAGACGAACAAGUUCGACGAUGGAGCGCUCGCGGAUAUCCUAAAGAACGCCACGGAGCACCCCGCGGGUAAGUUCAAGGCCCGCGGCACGCCCUACGUCAUGCGGCUGCAUGAGAUCAUGGGCAUCGAGCAAAACAGGCAGUGGGGUGUCUGCUCCCUGAACGACUUCCGCAAGUUCCUGGGCUUGAAGACCUAUUCCAGUUUCAUCGAGUGGAACUCCGACCCAACCAUCGCGGCUGCGGCUGAGAAGCUAUACGGGAACAUCGAUCGCCUGGAGCUCUACGUCGGCCUCCAAGCCGAAGAGUCCAAGCCCGUCGUUCCGGGCGCGGGUCUUUGCCCAGCAUACACGAUCAGCCGCGCGAUCCUCAGCGACGCCAUUGCACUCACGCGCGGCGACCGCUUCUUCACCGCGGACUACACGCCCUUCAACAUGACCUCCUGGGGCUUCGCGGACUGCCAGCGCGACCCCGACGGGCCCGGCAACGGCAGCAUCCUUGGCCGCCUGCUCCUCCGCGCGCUGCCCGAGCACUACACGAGCGACAGCACGUACACGUGGUUCCCGCUCAUGACGCCGCCUGCGAUGCAGACGAUCCUCACGAAGUUGGGCGACACCAAAUUGUAUUCGUGUGCACGCCCCGGGGGACCAGAGCCUGUGAAGGUGCUCGGCACGUAUGUGGACGCGCGGCAGGUGCUGAAGGACGAGAAGAGCUUUGCGACGGGCUUUGCGGACCGCGCCGGGCGGCUCGUGCGUGCAAAUGGGUUCUUUAUAGCGUCGGCCGACCCUGCGCGGGCGGCGCGCGAGCAGCGUGCGAUGCUCGACGUGCUGGUCGGGGGUGAGGGCGGCGAGAGCGCGAUCCGCAGGUUCUUCUUCGAGAAGACGCGUGAGCUCAUCCUGCGCGAGUCGUACACCGCGGUCGCGUCCCCAGUCCGGAGCGUCGACAUUGUGCGGGACGUCUUCAAGGCGGUCCCCAUACACUGGGUGUGCGAGCUGACGGGCAUCAAGCUGAAGACCAACGACUCCGACAGCCACGGUGACUACACGCCUGCGCAGUUGUUCGACAUCUUGGCGGACGUCUACACGUACCUCUUCCUCGACGUCGGUGCCGAGCACCUGACCAAGCUGCAGAGAAAGGUUACUGCGGAGGUCAACACCCUCCUCGGGCACAUCCGCCAGCAGUUCGGCGGCUCGCGCCUCUCACUCGCCAAUAUCUUCGAGACCGUCUCGCAGAUCUUCACGCGGCAGCCGAAGAACAGUCACGACACGUUCACGGAACGCCUGCAUGCGCUAGGAUACGACGCCGAGACGCAGGCGAACGCGGUGCUCGCGCUGCUCGUCGGGGCUACGGUCGAGCUCUCGCAAGAGAUGGUGCACGUGCUGAACUACUACCUCGAUCCGCUGAAGCCGGCGGACGUGCAGGCGCUGGUGUCUAAGCCAAAGCGCGACCCGCGCGACGAUGCGCUGCUGCAGGGAUACGUCCUGGAGGCGCUGCGCCUCGACCCGACUUUCCGUGGAGUCUACCGCGACAGCGUGACCGCGGUGCGCUUGAGUCAGGGCUCACUUCAGGCGAAACAACGCGUCUUCGUGGACAUUGCCACCGCAAACAGUAGCAGCCAGGCAUUCUCUAAUCCGGACGACGUCAACGCCAACAGGGGCCUUGAAAAGUAUCUGGUUGGCGACGGCGCUGCAAGAUGCCUCGGGCUUGAUCUGAGUUCUAAGAUCGUUGGCGAAGCCUUGCGGGCGGUGUACAGCUUCCCGUCUGUCGCGCGGGGGCCUGGGAACUCCGGCAUGCUCAAGCGGUACGAAGAGGACUCCGCCAUGACGAGCAGAUGGUCGUACCUGGGUUCCGACCAGCACCUCUGCCCGUGGGCGACGUCGAUGGUGGUUCAGUAUCGCGUCUGAGGUGUGGCGGGUGGGUCGUCGUUCGUUUUGGGAUUGUGCGCGUAGACGUUGACCGUGACAACAUCUUCAGUGGCGCGGUUUCUGCAGUGCGAGGCUGGAGCUAUACGGUUCUGAUUACUGCACGAUGUCUAGCACCGAUCUUGGUACUUCAUGUAGUUUUCCGCAAUUCUUGUGUUUGCUCUCGAGCCCGAGUUGUAUAUACCGUAUGGUCUUCGAUUUACC